UCGAGACAGGAGCCAGUCUCUCAUGUCCGGGACCGAUGACCCCCGUAGGAUACCGGGGAGACUGCCAUCUCCUCCCCACGCGCAGGUCGGCGGCCCUGGGCUCCAACAGAGUGUGCAUCCAGCCCCAGGCCCUCAUCUUUGGCCGAUGCCGAAGAUGUGGGCAAAGUUGCCUGCCUGACGCUUGCUUGUGCCAGAGCGGCGGCCUCCUCCUGGUCUGCGCCCCCGGCAGCGGGCCUCGUGGGGAAGAGGGUAGCAAGAGCGGGGAGCAUCUGAAUGGAAUCCUGCUUGCCAACCUCAGGGCUGCCACAGCCGCCUCCCACGCCCUGAUUCUGCUGCUUCCGAAGGGGGUGAAGCCUGAGGAUGGGCAGGGGGAGCCGAGCCCUCCCAGGAGGGGCCCGUCCUCUCCUUCCCCAGGGCUCCGAGCGCGGCGGGUGGUGCCCCUGCCUUGGCCUUCCGCUUGCCCUUGCGGUGCGUGUGCUCAGCUGCUGUGCUUGCCUUUUGUGUGGAAUGGGGAGAAGAACGGGAUGGCGUCGGAGGAAGGAGGAGGUACCCUGGCGUUCGUAGAGCACCUUACGCUUUUCCUGCAUUUGCAGAUGUGUGAUCUCAGUGGGUUCUCGGGACAGCCAGAGACACGGCCACGCCCGGUCUUCCUGUCACCGUUAUGACCAGCAUCGCCUGCAUUUCACAGAUGACAGAUGACACAACAGUUAGUCGGCGGGGGUGGGGGGAGGGGGGGCGCCAGGCCCGGAAGUCAGGUCUGUGGAUUUGCCCGGCUCCCCCCCGCCCCCCGGGUCAGAGGCCAGAUCCGGAGUUGAGAGGGGUGUUGCUCCUUGCCUCCGCUCUCCUGGGUGCCCGUGGGAGGCAACAGCAGUAUUUAGGAGGUGAGUCCCCGACCCCGCCCUGGCACUAAGGCCGAUGGCCGGGGUGCGGGGGAGAGGCAGGGCCCAAGCCUCGGUACCUGCAAGGUGACUCCUCCUCUGGCUUCUAGAAGAGCCCAGCAGGGUCCCUGUCCCAUCCAAGUUCCAGCAUGCCUUGCCUCCGCUUGCUUGGGCUGCAUAUGCAUCAGCUACACACAUCUCUAGCUUCACGUUUCAUGUGGGAGUGCAGAGAGACAGCCAGGUUCCUCGAGCCAGCGAGUGAGGUGGGGUGGCAGUUGCAAGCUUAGCUCUGACCCAGGUGUAGCUCAGCUCUGUGUCCUCUUUGCUCCCUGGCCUGAGGCUGACCCCAGCAGAAGCUCCCCCCCGCACCCCCCCGCGCCCCUCCCCCCGGCCCACCGUCUCCCACGUCUGCCCCCUAGAGCCAUGGUGGGGGCCGGGAGGGCCACUCUCCCCAGUGCCUGCUGUGGCUGUUUGUGGAGCGCCGCUUCUAAACCCAGACCACGCUUUGUCCCAUGUCGAGAGCGUGGGGGACACCUGCAAUGUCCCUGUGUCCUCGGCUCCAUCUCCCCACUCUGUGGUUCUUUGGGGGCUCCUGCUACCCCAGACCGAACACUCCCCUGUCCGACAGCCCAGUGGCUUGAUUAUCGCCCGGCAUUCCCCUGCCUUCCAAUGCUGGAAUCCAAGAUUGCCUUCCCAAGUCUUUUUGUUAAGAUGGCAAUAAAAAGAAAUUGAUCUCACACUUGGAA